CGACCCAAAAGAACUCGCCUGGCGGGUUGUAUUCCGGCCGGUUACCUGGCACUUGGGAACUCGGCACCCUGUGCGGGUUGGGAACCGGCCCCACUUGCCGAGGGGGGAGCGCUGGGCAGGCCGCAGGGCAUACUCCGUACAGAGUUUACACUACGCUAGUGAAGGCCGCAGCCGCCAAAUCACCGAUUCAGCACCGCACACACCCGACAGAGGCAGCAUCAUCCAGCUGUCACUCGGGCAACAAGAUCGCCCCAAAACAGGUCCGUGAUCACACCGUCCACCGACGUCGCGCCGGCGCGACCACCACGCAGCCCGCCAGGAGCCUCCGGCGCCCAACUGUCCACGCCAACGACCGUCUGCCAGGCCCAACCAUGUCCCGCAAUCCCAAGAUCACGGCCAAGAACCUGCAGUACACCGCGAACCUGCCGCCGUUCCUCGCCCGGCUGCGCGGCCAGCACGCGUCCGAAACCGACCCGGACGGGCCAGACCCGAUCCUCGCGGCGCGGCGCCGGCCCGCCAAGCCGCGGUCGGGCAGCGCCGAGGCCGAGGACGCGCCGCUGGUGGUGGACGAGCACGGCAACACGCUCGACAUCGCCGUCGGCGCCGACGGGCGCGUCCAAAAGCGACAGGCGGACGAAGAAGAAGAAGAACCCGCCGGGCCUGCAGCGGCUGGGGACGUCGUCGUCGAGCAGGCGCCGAACAGCAAAGCAGCGCCGGAUGCAGCAGCAGCAGCAGCGGAUACGGUGACGGCGCCUCCGCCGCCGAGCGAGAAGCUGACCGGCGUUGGCGACUCGCGCAGGAAGAGGAAGGUCGGCCGGGUCGUCGGCGUUGGUGCGGAUGACGACGAGGAUGACGCCGGGACGCAUGGAGACAAGGGCGGGACAGCAACCAGCGCUGCAGGAUCAGCCCGCGCAGCAGCCGCAGCCCAUGACGGGGAUGAUUCGGGUGCGGCAAUGGCAAAGAGCAAGCCGAAGAAAAAGGCAAAGAAGAUCAAGCUGAGCUUCGGUGACGACGAGGAGGGCUGAGCGGAGGCCGGCGUACAGCCCGGCCGAGGCAGCCCGGUUACGCUUCGCUUUGCGGGUGACACAGCGUAGCUCAGCCGACUCCGUGCCUGCGGGUCGUCGUUGCGCAGCCUGGAACAAUGCGGCAUCCUAACGAUUCCCGCACCGCGGAACAAAGCCUGGGUUGCGGCGAACCGGUCGUCAUGUUCGAUAGCCUGGCGCAACAACCCCGACAAGCUCGGGACGACGCGGUCCGCCGCCUGGCAAAUCCCUAGCUCAUUCCCAGAGUGUCGCUCCCAAGGCUGCUUGCUUUGCGAUUCCGCCUCGUCAGGAGUGAAUGGGUAUAUGACCACCAUCCACUGAGCAAUGGGCAGACACCACGAGGGAGUCCUUUUGGGCCGAGGUCAUCCCGGGGAAUUGCAAAGGAGGCUCGGCUUGCUCUCGGAAUUUGCCCGUCC